UCCCCUAUAUAUACAUGCAAAUUCAUACCCAUAUAUGAACAUGCAGCAAUAUUUCUAUCCUGACUAUUUCUGAACCUCAUCUAUCAAUCUACCCUAUUCAUGCACCUAUCCUAUUUCUAUUCUUAAUUUCAGCCACCUCCUCCUCCUCCGCCUAAUCUCUCCGCCCCUUCGCCGCCGUUUAUUCGUCGCCCCGCUAUCACAAUGGCAGAAUUUGUCGCAGGGGAAAAAAGAAAGGCAUGCGGGAUCCGCCGCAUCGUGAGGCUAAUGGGAUUCGCGCGAAAAUGGAAACGCGCCUCCCGUAACAAUAAUUCCCGAUCGACGACGACGACUAGCGUUUCGCCGUUGACGAAGGCGGCGCCGGCGAAGAAAUCGGCGACGGACAUGCCGAAGGGGUAUAUGGGGGUGUACGCGGGGCAGGGGGAGCUGAGGAGGUUUAUAAUUCCGACGACCUAUUUAAGCGAUCCACUUUUUAAGGUUUUGCUGGAGAAAGUGGAAGAGGAGUUCGGGUUUGAUCACCUUGGGGGGCUUAUAAUUCCGUGCGAAAUCGAGACCUUUAAAUAUUUGCUGAAAUGCAUGGAGAUUCACCAGAGAGAUCAAUGCCGCGGCGGCGCUGCUGCUCCUACACUAUCGCAGUCUACGGCGGCGAAUGCGGCCUAGAUAGCAAUAAUGCCAUUUGUUGCGGCGUAGAUUAUAUUGAUUGAUGAGAGUUAGAGAUAAAAUCUAUUAUAUUGCUGCAUGCAUGUUUUUCACUAGUUUUUUUCAUUCUCAAUAAAAAAAAAACAUUAUAUUGUUGCCACU